ACACUCCAGUAUAUCCAAUAAAUUAAGUUAAUUCCGCAUCAGUCAGACUGAUAUUAAUUACUGAAGAAAUCAGUAUUUGAUUGACUUAAUUGGGAAAUAAAGUGAAAAUAAUGUGAACCCUUAAAAUGCUCUUCUUGUACAUGCGCAGUGACGUAACUAACUCGUUCACAGGACUGGACUAGAGCACGUGAGCGAGAGGGAAAAAAAAUAAGUUGAUCCACUCAGAGAGGAGCUGUGAAAAUCAUAAUGGCAACUCCAGGUCCAUUUAAAGUUUGCUCUUUAAAUGGCAAAGUCACGCUGAUAACCGGCGCAAGUUCAGGAAUAGGAGCUGGCACAGCUGUAUUGUUUGCCAAACUGGGCGCCCGGCUGGCGCUGAAUGGACGCGAUGUGGAGAAUCUCACUAAAGUUGCACAGGAGUGCGAAGCGUGUGGAGCAGUUAAACCCUUAUUAGUGCCAGGAGACUUGACAGAUGAGGAUACUGUGAAGAGGACAGUUGAAGAGGUCAUUGCUCACUUUGGGAAGCUGGAUGUCCUCAUCAACAGUGCAGGAAUCCUCGCCUUAGGCAGCAUAGAGACAACAGAUAUGGCCCAGUAUGACAAGGUCAUGUCUGUUAAUGUCAGAUCAGUAUAUCAUCUCACUCAUCUCUGCGUGCCACAUCUUAUCAAAACUAAAGGCUCAAUUGUGAAUGUGUCCAGUGUGAAUGGGCAGCGAUCAUUUCCUGGUGUACUUGCCUACUGUAUGUCCAAAUCAGCCAUCGACCAGUUCACACGCUGUGUUGCUCUUGAGUUGGCAUCAAAGCAAGUACGAGUCAACUCAGUAGGCCCAGGAGUAAUUCUAACAGAAGUUCACAAGCGUGCAGGACUGGAUGAGUACCAGUAUGCUCAGUUCCUUGAAAAAAGCAAGGAGACCCAUGCUCUCGGCAGACCAGGUGAGGUAGAGGAAGUAGCUCAUGCUAUCGCCUUCCUGGCAUCUGAUGCAGCAACAUUUAUAACAGGUGUCAACCUUCCAGUGGAUGGAGGUCGACAUGCAAUGUGUCCACGGUAGCACUCUGCCACCAUGAUUGUGCUGCCAUAAAAGUAAAUAAAUAAACGCAGUUGGACCCAA